AUGUUAUCAAUCACCAACUUGAACAAUUCGCGCGCCUUGCGCCUGGUCGUUCCUAUUGUCGUAGUUUUCGCACUCGCGUACACUUUCUAUGCGGACUGGAAGCCAGUACAAAAAGUUAUUCCCAGCUCGAACCCCUCAGGGGCCAUUGUGACCGGCGACGCAAGUUCAGCUCCCCCAACUUUACAAAUCCCUGAAGAUCCUUCGCCCAGCAAAUCCAAAUUUCACCACUCAAACGCCAACACUUCAAUUUUCAAUAUUCCGGAUAAAGUCUGGCAUUCCGCAAAAACAGAUGACAUAUCGGAAAAUCAGCGCAAAUGGGUGAACAGCUGGUCGAGCACCACUCCCGAAUGCCGCCAAGAAUUGCUUACCGACCGAUCCGGCGAGGCGUUUGUUCGCGCAUACUACCAGGAGACGCGGCCAGAUAUUGUCGAAGUCAUUGAAAGCUUAUCCAUUCCAAUUUUACGGGCAGAUCUUCUUCGUUAUUUGAUUGUUCUCGCUGAGGGCGGGUACUGGAGUGAUUUAGAUGUCACUUUGGAGAAACCACUUUCUGACUGGGUGCCCACGGAGUACAAAGAUCAAAAUAUCGAUAUGAUUGUCGGUUUGGAAUUCGAUUUUGCUUAUCGGGGCCCAGAAGCCGAGGUUGCAUCUCAAUUUUGCAACUGGGUGUUUGCAGCACAGCCGUCAUCUCGCAACCUGCUUGUGAUUGUUAACGCUGUCAUCAACGAGUUGAAGCAGAUUGCAAAGACCAACAAUGUGUCUAUCUCCGGUAUCACAUUGGAGAUGCUCAAGGAUGUGGUGAACGUGACUGGACCUAAGAUCAUGACGAUUGCGAUCUUAGAAAGUCUAGGACAAUUGCUCAACAGGACGGUGGAUGACCGCGACUUCUCAGGAAUCAAACAUCCGAAGAUGGUCGGUGAUGUCUUGAUCAUGCCCGGUGUUUCAUUUGCGGCGGCCCAAAACGGAUUCCCUGCGGAUCAAGGUGAUGUACUUGUGACACAUCAUUACGAGGGCUCGUGGAAGCAGGCAGACGCAGAAGCCAAAGAAAGAAAAAAGCAAAAGGAGCAAGAAGAGCAUGAAGCACAGAGUCACCAAAGAUGA